AUGGACCGGCGCAACGCUGAGCGCCCGCCUGCAGGGGCGCACACUUCUGACCUGCCUGGGCUCUUCCUUCCUCCCGACGAGGAUGAGGCUGUGGAGAGAUGUUCUGUCCCAGAGGUCCCCAAAGAACACUGUGGUCAGAGGAUCAUGGUCAAGUGUCUGUCCCUCAAAUUUGAAAUAGAAAUUGAGCCAAUAUUUGGGACUCUUGCUCUCUAUGAUGUCAAGGAAAAGAAAAAGAUCUCAGAGGACUUCCACUUUGACCUGAACUCAGAUCAGAUGAAGGGCUUGCUGCGUCUCCACACGCCCCACACAGCCAUCUCCACCCAGGCCCGCUCAGCCAUCUUCUCCAUCACGUAUCCCUCUGCAGACAUCUUCCUGGUCAUCAAGCUGGAGAAAGUCCUUCAGCAGGGAGACAUAGGGGAAUCCUGUGAACCCUACAUGGUCAUGAAAGAGUCGGACUCAUCAAAGCACAAGGAGAAGCUGGAGAAGCUGCGUCUGCAGGCGGAGACGUCGUGUAGCAGGCUGGGGAGGUACAGGAUGCCCUUUGCCUGGACGGCCAUCCACCUGGUCAACAUCGUCAGCAGUGUGGGGGGGCUUGAGCGCUCCGACCCUGACUCUGACUCUGAGCGGAAAGGCCAUGGAACAUGGAACGAGAGAAAGAAGAAAGGGUUUGAGCGGAUGAGUGUAGGAGARGACAUGUGCAACUUUGCCACCUUCCGUCCAGCCACUCUCACAGUCACCAACUUCUUCAAACAGGAGGGGGACAGGCUGAGUGAUGAAGACCUCUACAAGUUUCUGGCAGACAUGCGCAGACCGUCCUCUGUCCUACGCAGACUGAGACCUGUCACAGCCCAGUUGAAGAUAGACAUCUCUCCUGCCCCAGACUCUCCUCACUACUGCCUGUCUCCUGAGCUGCUCCAUGUCAAGCCCUACCCUGACCUGAGGGUGCGCCCCACCAAGGAGGUGCUGGAGUUCCCUGCCCGCUAUGUCUACACCCCUCACACCACCUACAGGAACCUGCUGUAUAUCUACCCCCAGAGCCUGAACUUCAGCAGUCGGCAGGGCUCAGUCAGGAACAUUGCUGUCAAGGUGCAGUUCAUGGCAGGAGAGGAUCCCAGUCUGGCCAUGCCGGUGAUCUUUGGGAAAUCCAGCUGUGCUGAGUUCUUUACAGAGGCUUAUUCACCCGUCAUCUACCAUGACAAGGACCCCCACCUGGAUAAGUUCUUCACCCUGUGUUACGUCCUGGAGGAGUACUCGUUCCCGUUCCGUCUGAAGGACUGUAUCAUCAGUGAGGCCAAUGUGGAGGGUGAGCUGAAGGCCAGCAUGACCGGCCUGCGGGGGGCGCUACUCGACACCUGCGUCCGCUUCCUCCACCAGCUGCUCUCCAAACUCAUCCUGCUCAUCGUCCACCCGCCCGUCAUCGCAGGACAGAUCGUGAACCUGGGCCGUGCAGCAUUCGAGGCYAUGUCCCUGCUGGUCAACCAGAUCCAUAAGAACCUGGAGGGGAACCAGGACCAGCAUGGCAGGAACAACCUGCUGGCCUCCUACAUCCACUACUGCUUCCACCUGCCCACUGCUGAGCCUGCCAUGCCUCCUACUGGGGGUGCCACCCCGGCCUACGAGCUGCCCAUCCAGUACGCCACGUUGUCCAGGGCAACGGCCCGCCCCAGCACCCUGCACCUGGCCCGCUCCAAGAGCAUCAGUAACUCCAACCCUGACCUGGCCAGCACMCCCACGUCACCUGACGAGGAGGUGCAGAGRAUCAUCGSCAGCAAGGUCAGUUCUACCUCCAAUACAAAUCAAAUGGUAUUGUAUGAUGUUCAGGGGAUAGACCGCUCCCACUCCUGGGUAAACUCUGCUUAUGCCCCCGGGGGCUCCAGAGCUGUGCUACGCCGGAACCCCAACUUCACCUGUGAGCUCAAGCAGGCAAGUGAUCGUGGCUGCAAUCGCAUGUCUGCCUUUGUGGACAGCGCCACCUUCUGUUCAGCUCCAACAAGACAGAUUGCCAAGAAGCUGCUCCAUGAGGAGCUGGCACUACAGUGGGUGGUGAGCACCAGCACAGUGAGGGAGGCAGCACUGCAACAGGCCUGGUUCUUCUUYCAACUCAUGACGAAGAGUAUGUCCCACCACCUGUUCCUGUCCGCCCGGAUAGACCUUCCCAGACGCCAGCGCUUCCCAGACCGCUUUGUGGAUGACAUCGCUGCUCUAGUGGGGGCUAUCAGUGCUGAUGUAGCAGGGCGAUACCACAAGGCCAUCAGUGCAGUCCACUCUCUGAUGUGCAGUCAUGAUGCGGACCCUCGCUACACGGACCCCCAGGUGCGAACCCACAUCGCCCAGCUCUACCUGCCCCUCAUCCCCAUCGUCAUGGACACCCUGCCCCAGCUCCAUGACUUCACAGACACUUCUCAAGCCCGGGGCCGCCACGCCCCCGCUAUGCAAGACGAGGGGGACCCAGACAACGGAACCAUCAGUCAGUCUGUCGCCAUGGCGAUCGCUGGCUCCCCGCUGCCGCAUGCCAAAGCCCCCAACUUCACCAUGCCCACGGUGGCUGGUCGUCAGUGCAGCUCUCUGUCGGCAGAGUGCAGUAGGACUCUGCUGGUGUCUUUCCUGUGGGUUCUGAAGAACGCAGACGCUGCUCUGCUGGAGAGCUGGGUGUCAGACCUCUCUGUGCUGCAGAUCAACAGGCUGCUAGACCUGCUGCACCUCUCGGUGUCCUGCUUCGAGUACAAGCUCAGGAUUGCUAAGGGCUACCAGAACUCCCCUGACCUGCGCCUGACGUGGCUGCAGAACAUGGCGGGGAAGCACUCGGAGAGAGGGAACCACGCGGAGGCAGCCCACUGCCUGGUGCACAGCGCCGCCCUGGUGGCAGAGUACCUCAACAUGCUGGAGGACUGCCGCUACCUGCCCAUUGGCUGUGUCACCUUCCAGCACAUCUCGUCUAAUGUUCUGGAGGAGUCAGCGGUGUCUGAUGACAUCUUGUCCCCGGAGGAGGAGGGUAUCUGUGCGGGGAAGUACUUCAGCGAGUUGGGGCUGGUGGGGCUGCUGGAGCAAGCUGCAACCUCCUUCCACAUGGCUUCCAUGUAUGAGGCCAUCAACGAGGUGUAUAAGAUCCUACUCCCAGUCCACGAGGCCAACAGAGACUUCAAGAAGCUGGCUACUGUCCAUGGAAAGUUGCAGGACACCUUUAACAAAAUCUUCAACCAGAGUUCUGGAUGGGAGGUAAAGAUGCUGCAGAUGGUGCUGCAGGGCUCCGUGGGCACCACUGUCAACCAGGGCCCUCUGGAGGUGGCCCAGGUCUUUCUCUCUGACAUUCCUGAUGACCCCAAGCUGUACCGUCAUCACAACAAACUACGCCUCUGCUUUAAAGACUUCAAUAAGAGGUGUGAGGAUGCCCUGAGGAAGAACAAGACUCUGAUUGGUCCAGACCAGAAAGAGUACCACAAGGAAAUGGAGAGGAACUACAAUAAGCUGAAAGAGUCUCUGGGACCGCUCAUCACCCGCAAGAUCCCCCAGCUCUACAGGACAGAACACCAGCUCUACAGGACACUGCCGGCUGCAGGGUUUCAAACUGCUACACAAAGAAAUUCCUUCAGUAGGUCCAGUCUCCGCCGGGGGGACUGUUGAAGCACAGCAGACCUCGUCAACAGAGAAGAAACAUACUUUUGAUUUCAACUGGUCUGUCUGUCUUCCCCCACCCCAACAGUCUAUCCUCAACACUCACACCAUCCUCCUCCAUCUCCCUAGCUUGUUAUUCCAAACCCCCCCAAUGUCAGGCCAUACCACCUCUCUCCCGCCUUACUCACUCAUUUCUUGUCUUCCUCUCCUGCUCUGCUCCACCCCCCCAUUCUCUCUCUCUCUCUCUCACACUCCUAUAGGAAAAGCUUCCUCUGUUUAUACUGGAAGUUUAUCUGCACUGUAAACAGUCAUUUGGACCAUCUCUCUCUUUCUCCUGGGCAUUUACAUAGACCCGCUUUCAGGAGGAGUCUCUCUGCAUUGAGGAGGACCCAGAAUGAUGCUUCUCCCUCACUGUUCAUCUCCGCUCUGUUUAAUUGUAGCUUUUCCUGAACGGGAGAAUCCAAAACAGCUCCUAGGCGCUUCCCUAAUUGUGUGUUUGUUUUGGGCCGCGUUUGAAUGUGUGCGCUUGGAAGUUUGUGUUUGAGUGUGUGUGUCUUGCCCCGACUGCACAGGAUACAGGCUUCUUUCCAUUUGCUUGUGUAUGUGUCAUGUUUGCUGUGGAAGGGCCUGGGUGGUUACACUGUGUGGUUUAGCAGGCCUGUUCCCUGUGUUUCGUGGCCUUAGUGAAUUUGUGUGUGAUUAUUUUGGUGGGGGACCAGUUGCUGCCAGACGUAGUCAUUAAAUGUUCCCAGGGAGUCGUUCUGUAACCGACGAUCCUCAUACCAAAUAACUGACAUUCUUUCACUACUGACUUCUCCCUUUCAUACACCCUGUAUCAGGACAGGAAUUCAUUAUGAAGAAGUAUGACAUUUUGAUCAUUAGAGGCCCAUCUGCUCUAGAUGAACAUACAAUGGACACAUUGUAGGUUGGAGAGAUGUGGCUUUGGGAAGAGAGGGAGCCGUACAAAUGGUUUCUGACACUGUGAAAUGUUAUUUUUACUGCACUGACCAAAAACACUGUCGCAUCACUGAUGUUCACAUGGUAAGCACUGUCAGACAGGCAGUGACAUUCACUCUCUCUCUAUCUCUCUCUCCCUCACUCACUCACUCUGUGCUGACAAACACUCCACAUGUUCUGGAAUGAAUCUUCAACCCUGUGGUUGGUGGAAACAUAUAAUGUAGGUCUUUUUAUCUACUGUAUUGGACUGUGUCUCCUUUAUUGUAUUGCACUAUACUGUAUUCACACUGCCGCACCUACGUACCAACGUCUGUAACUACUGUAUUUCCUCUGUUUAUUGUAUUUUCACGAGGCUUGUCUAAAACUGCAUUUUUACCGGGUCAGGAAAAAGGAAAACUUUUUUAUUUAUUCACUCUUUUUUUUUUUUUUGUACUGCUCUGUAUUAAAAUGUUAUUUCAAUCUUAA